AUGCUCGAAACGCUGCUGCAAGCCGUGGGUGCCGCUGUGGUGGCAGCGGCGCUUCUCUAUUUGGUGUAUGUGGUGCUGCAGAUUCAUAUCCUCUCUGGACGUCCGCUGACGGCCUAUGGCGCGAACUCGAAAAUGCGCGGCGCCGGCAGUUGGGCGGUCGUGACGGGUGCGACAGACGGGAUUGGUCGUGAGUUUGCGAUGCAACUCGCAGCGAAGGGCUUCAACAUUGUGAUUGUGAGUCGCUCGGUUGACAAGAUCAAGUACCUCGUGAAGGAUCUUGAGCGUGCAUACCCGGGCAUCAAGACGUGCUACUACUCGAUGGACUUUUUGUAUGCGGAUGCGGAGCAGUACGAGGGCCUGGCGACAUUGAUCCAGCACCUCGACGUGGCUGUGCUUGUCAACAAUGUAGGCUUGUCUCAUCAGAUGCCCGUCUCUUUUCUCGAGAUGGACGAGCACGAGCUGGCAUCGAUCUGCCAAGUCAAUGUGAUGGCGACGCAGCAUAUGACGCGCGUCGUAGCACCCCACCUCGUGCGUCGCCCAGGCCGUGGACUCAUUCUCAAUCUGGGCUCGUUCUCGGGUCAGUGGGCGACGCCGCUCCUGUCCGUGUACGCUGGCUCGAAGGCCUUUUUGAUUGCGUGGUCGCAGGCCCUCGGUGAGGAGCUGCGCCGCUCCAAGGUCGAUGUCCAGGUGCUCAACACGUUCUUUGUCGUGAGCAACAUGUCCAAGGUGCGGCGCGCGUCGUGGAUGGUGCCGACGCCCAAGGCAUACGUGCAGUCCGUGCUCUCCCGAAUUGGUCUGGCGUCGGGGGCCGUGGGCCGGCCCUUCACUCUCACGCCCUACCCGACGCAUGCAUGGAUCGACUGGGCGACCCAGUACCUUGUGCCGCGCUGGUUCCUCCUGAGCAAAGCGUAUGAAUCGAGCUUGGACACGCGCCGCCGGGCGAUUCGCAAGGCUGAGCGCCUGGCCAAGCAGCAGUAG